GCUGUGUGAUAAAUCGUGUUGCCUGCAGAUGCCGAGCCGUGUCGGUUUCCAGCUGUAGUGGACGGAUGAGGGUUUUCAGACGCAACAUUUGCACGUUUAAGCUUGUGCACCCUGAAUCAGCUUCUCAGCCCGGUGCUUUGUGAACCCCCAUGACGCACAGCCCUGCUUUCCUUCGAGCCCAUUCGGGGACUGCUUUCUUUUAAACUUCGCCUAAGUUCUGUCCUUCUCCAAAAUCUUGUCUAAUCUUGUUCCUCCUCUGCUAGUUAGUAACCUAACUUCGUCGUGGACAGGAUGGCCCGCACUAUGGAACCACUGGCAAAGAAGAUCUUUAAAGGAGUUUUAGUAGUUGAACUUGUGGGCGUUUUUGGAGCAUAUUUUUUGUUUAAUAAGAUGAACACAAGUCAAGAUUUCAGGCAAACAAUGAGCAAAAAAUUCCCCUUCAUCUUGGAAGUUUAUUACAAAUCCAUUGAACAGUCUGGAAUGUAUGGAGUCAGAGAGCAAGAUCAAGAAAAAUGGCUGAAUAGCAAAAAUUAAGACCAGUCAUCACGUUCAGCCUCCCAUCUAAGCUGUUUGAGACCUUUGUGGGGAAGAAGAAAGAUGAACACACCAUGUUGUAGACUCCUGGCCCCACAGAACAAAACAGGAACUUCUGGUCUGCUAUGGCUUACUCAUGUCCCAUCCACUAUGCAAAUCCCCUGCUCUUGUUUGUUGCUUUCCUUCUGCAUUUAUUGUUAAAGAUUACUGUUUAACAAAUAAAAGACUAGGUCAACAAAGGAACAAAUACCCUAAAGAUUUUAUUUCCCCUGAACGCUUUUAUUGGCAAAAGAACAGAAGCCAGUAACAAUAUCAGAAAUUAUGUCUAUAAAGUACUUAUAAAGCUACUAAGCGUACUCACAAUAUAUAAAAACUGCCUCUCUAAAAGAAUUAAACAGUUUAAAGUAACUACA